CGUGCCGCACGUGACAGAUAAAAUACAGAUCAAGCGCCGCAACGCUCAACUCACACUAUCUCCGCUGAAAUACAAAAUCUCUCAUCUCAACCGUCCGAUCCAUAUCCACAUCAUCAAUCCGCGUGAAUCCGCAUUUCAACGGUCCAGAUCCGCGUUUCAGAGCAACUGGGUUAGCGAAGGGAAGAACCGUUUUCUCUAUUCCCCGUUCAUGAUUUUCUCAACAACGAACUUCGAAAUCUUCAGAAAAAAAAUUCUCUGAUUUGUAAGAUGAAGAUAACAGAGAUAUUGAACUUGAAGGAGAAGGAUGAGGAAAACGAGGUUAUUGUUUUGAGUGAUAAUGAUGAAGAGUUUGAUUCGGUUGAGAAAGUGGUGGAAGAUGGAGAAGACAGUGAAGAAGAAGAUGGCGACGAUGAUGGUGAUGAUGAAGAAGAUAAUGAUGAUGAGGAUGAGGAUGACGAUGACGACGAUGCUACUGGUGCUGGUGAGGAUGAGGAGGAUGAAGUUGGAGCGGUUGAAGGUGCACGUGGUGGUGAUCCUGAUGACGACGAUGAUGAUAAUGAUGACGAUGAAGAUGAUGAUGACGAUGACGACGACGAUGAUGAUGAUGAUGAGGAUCCUGAGGAAGAGGAGGAUUUGGGAACAGAGUACCUUGUCCGUCCUCUAGGUGCUGCUGAGGAGGAGGAAGCCUCAAGUGAUUUUGAACCUGUGGAAAAUGGUGUGGACGAAGACGAAGUAGAGGAGGAUGAAGGUGAGGAAGAUGAAGACGAUGAUGGUGGUGAUGAUAAGAAGGCUGCUGUGGUUCCACCGAAAAGAAAAAGGUCAGGCAAAGAUGAUUCAGACGAUGACGAUGGAGGAGAAGAUGACGUCCGACCCUCUAAACGAUAGAGUUGGAUUCUUUGUUGGAGAACUAGUCAACUAUCAACUAUAGGUCAACAUAACUCCCUGUUCUUAAAACACAUUCCAGAGAAGGAUAAACUAGUUUAUGGAAGUGUUUGUUGCUAUUUUGUAUUAUUAUGGUGCAGUAUUUUUAGGUUUAUUACUAUAUUUAUAUUUGUCAGGUAAGUGCAUAGUCAAUAGUGGGAUGAAACUUGUAGGACAAAUUUUACAGACUUGAUUUUUAAUCUUUCACCCACUUCUUAGGUCAGUAGUUGUUGUUCAUUACUAUUUCUGGUACUCUUAAAUUGUUGGUAGAUCUCUUUUGUUUUAUACAAGUUUUUAGUUUUGUGUAUAA